AUGUUAAAAAAUAUAGGAAGUAGACGAAAUAUAUCUUCGAGUCAUAGUCACAACGAAGCUUCCAAGUUGCAGAAAGAGGCGAUUGACAUCGUUAGUUCAAUUGAUCAAACAUCAUCAUCAAAAUGUCUGGUGGUAUCGCACGUGGCCGUCUUGCCGAGGAGCGAAAAUCAUGGCGCAAGAAUCAUCCUCAUGGUUUUGUGGCCAAGCCUGAAACGGCUAAAGAUGGCUCCGUGAAUUUGAUGGUCUGGGAGUGUAUUAUUCCUGGCAAGGCCGGGACUGAUUGGGAAGGUGGCUUUUUCCCACUUACUCUCCACUUCAGUGAAGAUUACCCGAGCAAACCCCCAAAAUGCAAGUUUCCGCAAGGUUUCUUCCACCCUAAUGUCUACCCUUCUGGAACUGUAUGCCUGUCAAUCCUUAAUGAGGACCAUGGGUGGAGACCCGCCAUUACAGUGAAGCAAAUUUUGGUGGGCAUUCAGGAUUUGCUGGACCAGCCUAAUCCUGCUGAUCCUGCACAAACUGAUGGGUAUCAGCUUUUCAUCCAGGAUCCUACUGAGUACAAGAGAAGGGUGCGACAACAAGCCAAGCAGUAUCCACCUUCUCUAUGAUGUAUGCUUGCGUUGUUGGAUAUGAUUUACUCAUUCGUAUCACCUGCAUUGUUCAUGUGUAACUCUCUGUGCAAAAGUGGAGCAGCUUAAUUAUUAGUAGUAAUUGAAUGUUUUCUUUGGGCAUAAUUGUUGCCUAUUUCUGUUAAGAAAUGUUUUUGUAAGAUGUUUGGAAUUGCUUCUGCGUUACUAUGGAUACCCUUGGGGAUGGAAUGAUUUAUGCUAACACUCUAUCGAGGUAAGAUUUGUUUUUCUAA